UUUUACUCCACUGUGACAUAAGACUGUGGGAAGCCGUGUUCCUGCCUGCAGGUUAUUGUCACCGCUCUGUCAUCUCAUAUUUUGGGUGAAGCUCGGCUGUUUUGGCUGUGUGUGUGUGUCUGUGUGUGUCUAUGUCUAGCCUGAUUGUGCGCGCCACCUCUCCCAUCAGCGCGUGUGCACGAGUGUCCGCAAAGCCGCUGCUGCUCCUCUCCAGGCGCGCAGUACCAUCCACAAACUUUGAUGAGCUGUAACCUUCACCAAGGCAACAAAACAAGCCGGGCUGAAUAAUAACAGGGAGGAUACGGUUUUUAAAAAAGCAUAUACAGGCUGUCUGAGAGAGAGCGUCCACUAAUUCGGAUUGAUAAAGCUUAACACACAGGUGUCAGAAUGGAAGGCACUCCGGUUGAAAUUUUCAAAGAAGACAAUAAGUGCCUCUCUACGCUGUUGGAGGACUGUCCGGUCAAUUCUUCAGCCUGGGCGUCCGGAUACUCGGAGAGCCGCAACGUGAGCCACGAUGAUAACUGGGAGCAGGAGAGCAUGUCUCCUAUCAUCCCCAUCAUCACUGCGGUCUACUCCGUGGUGUUUGUGGUCGGCUUGUUGGGCAACUGCCUCGUCAUGUAUGUCAUCAUCAGGUACACGAAGAUGAAGACAGCCACCAACAUUUACAUUUUCAACCUAGCGCUCGCCGAUGCCCUCGUCACCACUACGAUGCCCUUCCAGAGCACGGACUACCUGCUGAACACCUGGCCCUUUGGCGAGGUGGUCUGCAAGGUCUUCAUCUCCAUCGACUACUACAACAUGUUCACCAGCAUCUUCACCCUCACCAUGAUGAGCGUGGAUCGCUACGUGGCCGUGUGUCACCCGGUGAAAGCACUGGACUUCCGCACUCCAAUCAAAGCCAAGAUGAUCAAUGUGUGCAUCUGGAUCCUAUCCUCAGCUGCGGGGAUACCUGCUUUUAUUCUGGGUGGCACCCAGACAAACAGCGAUAUAACUGAGUGUGCCUUACAGUUCCCAGAGCCGUACGUGUACUAUGACACACUGAUGAAGAUAUGUGUGUUUGUCUUCGCCUUCGUCGUGCCUGUGCUCAUCAUCACCGUGUGCUACUCCCUGAUGGUCCUGAGGCUGAAGAGCGUCCGGAUGCUGUCCGGCUCACGGGAGAAAGACCGCAACCUGCGCCGCAUCACCAGACUCGUAGUGGUCGUGGUGGCCGUGUUCGUGGUCUGCUGGACACCCAUCCACAUCUUCAUCCUGGUUAAGGCGCUCGUGAGCGUGCCUGAGACCACAGCCAUCAUGGCUGCCUACUUCUUCUGUGUGGCUCUGGGCUACACCAACAGCAGCCUCAACCCCGUGCUCUACGCCUUUCUGGAUGAGAACUUCAAACGGUGCUUCAAAGACUUCUGCCUCUCAGCCAAACUGAAGGGAGAGAAAGUGUCGGGGAGCAAAAAGACCCCCAGCACCGUGAGGGAGGCCGCCGUUCCCCUGGAGAACCCAGACGGGACUAGUAAGCCCACAUGACUAGCAGUGGAACUGUCUUCAAUUUCCCAUAUUGGAAAAGAAGACUCACAUGACCUGGGCUUAACCCACAUCACAUCAACAAUGUAGACUGCAAUUUUGAUUCGAAGGUUAACCAGUGACAACAUUAAUAUGAUUUCAUUUCAGAGUUCAAUGAAGGUUACCCUUCAUUAAUUAUAUUCUGUUGUUUCCAUUAAUCCACACAGAAUCAAAAACACCAACCUUCUCUGCAUGGCAACAACUUCAUCCUCCUCCUCUCUGCUGUUGCUUUUGCCUCUUUGAUGAAUUUAUUUGCGAUAAUGAUUGUGCAUUUAUUAUUUAAACUUGCAGGUGGCUGUAAACUGGACGACGGGUUUGUUUAAGCAGGAAGAAGAAGACCAGAUGUGAUUAACACUCUUCUUUAACAGUAUCUGUUUUAAAAUAAUUCCCAAAUAUUCCUGAGAAGGAGUUAAUGCUGCUUAUUAACUAUAUGGAUCACAGAGCUGCAACGGUAAACUGAUCAACAAUAUCUAUCUUUUAAGCAACAAUGCCAAGCAUCUGGUGGCUUCAGCUUCUUAAAUGUGAGGAUUUGAUACUUCUCAAAGUCAAAUGUAAUAGUUAACUGAAUAUCUUUGGGUUUUGGACUGUUGGUCAGACAAAGCAAGACAUUUGAAGAUGCAGGAGCAGCAUUUUUCUCUAUAUUUUGAUUUUAUACAGGCAAAACAAUAAUUCUAGGAAAUAAUCAGCAGAUUUCUCAUUAUUGAGUCAUGAUUAAUAUGCUUUUUGAAUCUUUCUUUUCUUUCUUUCUUUUAACUGCAUUUUCUUCAUUGCCUCCAUUUUUUCUAUUGCCAAACGUGCCUCUAACAGUCCAGGAUAAAACAUGUCUGUAGCAGCAGAAAAUGAUUUCAUACUGAAUGGGGGUCAAACAGUUAAGAUGUCAGUGGCAGCUGUGUGAAUCACUGACAGCAGGUGUGUGCCAAAACACUCUCACCUCUGGUUGACUGACUCAUGUUAGACUUUGAAAUCAACGAGAGGUUAGUAAAAAAAAAAAAAAAAAAAAAAAAA